AAUCUGAACUCUCUCAAAUUGAUGAGGACAUAAGAGGAAAUGAGACAAAAACAGAGGAGAGAAAGAGGACAAGAUGAAAUAGAGAAAAGCCCAAGGAAUGUGUAGCUCGAAGCUUUAGCUAGGGUGGUGGAGGAGGAAGGUGAAUCCAGGUGUCUCCCUGCGAUACCUACGUGGAGGCACAUUGUGAUCACCAAAGUCUCCUCCUUUCUUCCUCCCCUGCUCUCUCUCUCCUCGUCUCCCUUCUUUCAGACAAUCCUCCAAGAAUCUCCAUUGAUUCUCGCUCUACCUCUGUCUACAUUCCUUUUCUUCCCGCUCGCUGACUCUCCCUCUCUACACCCUCCAACCCAACUCAGUUACCCAAUUCAACUUCCCCGCCAACCCAAAUUUAGGGUUCUCUCCUGCCCACUUGUAAGUGUUGUAUAUACAUCUCGGUUAGCUAAGAAAUCGGUAGCCGCCUGAACUACCAGCAGGAGGCAAUGCAGUCUAAACCUGCUGCUGCACAUAGCCUGCCACCAGAUUCACACGCUGUCCUUCCGUCGUAUGGAGUUCCUUCUGAACCGUGGUGGCGCGGUGUUGGAUAUCACUCUGUAGCUGCAAGCAUGCCCAUAGGAAAUGCCGCGAUUUCAACUGGACGAUCUGAAUCAAAUGAUGAUCAGUCUGUCUCGGAUGACAGAACGGACGAGGAAGAGGGCAAUGAUGCUGCAAAAGAAUCACAAGCUACUGCAUCUUCUCGAUCAGUUGGGAAUCAUGGACAAGAGCAUCUCAAUCCGCAGAAUGUUCCUCCAGGCAUGACUACUAAGGCGCUGGAUGGGACGCUCGCACAGCCUCCGCAAUUUGAACUCGUCGGUCACUCUAUUACAUGCGUACCAAAUCCCUAUCAGGAUCCAUACUACGGAGGAAUGAUGGCAGCUUAUGCACAGCAGCCAUUGGUAUGGGGUUGUUUGGCUGCUAGAUUGUUGAAAUGGGGCUACCCUCACCUUGCUGGAGUUCCUCAGACGAGAAUGCCGUUGCCCCUUGAGAUGGCCCAGGAACCUGUUUACGUUAAUGCUAAGCAGUACCAAGGUAUUUUGAGGCGAAGACAGGCCCGAGCGAAAGCAGAAGUCGAGAAAAAGCUCAUUAAAGUACGAAAGCCGUAUCUCCACGAAUCCCGACAUAAACAUGCAAUGAGGAGGGCACGGGGUGCUGGAGGACGUUUCGCCAAGAAAACUGGGAUGAAUGAUGCUUUAAACAGCUCAGCUGCUGAGAUCAGGAGAAGCGGCUCCGGUCCAACCCCCUCAUCUCAGUCUGGUGGAUCGUCUGGUUCCGAGCCGCUGCUAUCUGACGAAACUUGGAACUCCUCGAAAGGUCAUCAAAACGAGGGCAGAGUCCACCACCACCGAGGGCGCUUUGAGGGUCACAAAUACAGAAACAAAGACGGGGGCGGGCAUGGUGGAGAGGAUGGAGACUGUUCGAUCCAGCACCGUGGGAGCAUCUCGAGUCAGGCUUCUCAGAGGUCUGUUGCGAUCCAGUGACCACCUCAGGCAGACCAGAUGUGGCGGCAAAUCAUUCUUGGCUUUUGUGCGUGUGUGCUUAUGUGUGGGCUCUCAUGGGUUUUGCUUUGGAUGAAGCAGAGAAGGGAAAGAAAGCUUUCUUUUAGGCUGGCUUUCCUUUACCAGUAGUUCAUUCUGCUGUUGAGCUCAGAGUCUUUACUUUUUUGGGGUUCUCCUCUUACUGUGUGUACAUACCAACUGAGCAAUAAACCUCUAGGGGGGAAUGGAUAUAUGAUUGAACAGAUAGCUUUUAGAUUUUGAUGUGGAAACUGUCAGUUAUGCUUUACUACAACAUUUCUGGCUUCAUUUGGGAGUUUGAUUGCAUAUAUGGUCAGGUUUGUUCGAUCAAGAAGGCGGGG